CCCCUCCCAAGUCGUACAACAAUUUACAGCACUAUUUGUAUGUAGUGUAAUUUAGGUAUUGUUUCUUUUUUGCGGAACUGCCAAGCCGAUAAUAUAUGUCAAAUAAAAUAUAUUUAAAAUCUUCAUUUCGUACUUGAAAUCACAACGGCGUUACACUCGAAAGGCAUCACUGCGUCUAGAUUUUUCUUUAAGUUUAACAAUUUUAAACCGUACUUUGUUGAUUUGUCAUCAUGUACAACUUAAGUCGUCUGGGACGUAAUGUAUCGGAGAGUGUAUUGAAGUCAACAUCAAUAUCGGUAGUCCGAGGACUCCACGAAAUGCCUGACCACUUAAAGGAAGUACCUACUGCUGAAAACCCUAGGUUUUUCGACAUGGUUGAAUAUUUUUUCCAUCGAGCAUGUCAAGUUGCUGAAGACAAACUCGUGGAGGAUAUAAAAGCCAAGAUGACUGUGGAAGACAAAAGGAAAAAAGUUAAGGGAAUUCUGCUUGGUAUGCAACCGUGUGACCAUAUUUUGGAAACAUCAUUUCCAGUACGUAGAGAUAGUGGAGAUUAUGAAAUGAUCACAGGAUAUCGUGCACAACACAGUACUCAUAGGACACCUUGCAAAGGAGGAAUACGAUUUUCCCUGGAUGUAUCUCGUGAUGAAGUUAAAGCAUUAGCAGCUUUAAUGACAUUUAAGUGUGCUUGUGUUGAUGUUCCAUUUGGUGGAGCUAAAGCUGGCAUUAAAAUAAAUCCAAAGAAUUACUCUGAAAACGAACUGGAACAGAUUACAAGAAGAUUCACAUUAGAAUUAGCAAAAAAAGGAUUUAUUGGACCGGGGGUUGAUGUUCCUGCUCCAGACAUGGGUACUGGUGAACGAGAGAUGUCAUGGAUAGCAGAUACCUAUGCUAAAACUAUAGGGCAUUUGGACAUUAAUGCACAUGCUUGUGUUACGGGCAAACCCAUUAACCAAGGUGGUAUUCAUGGUCGAGUGUCAGCAACUGGCCGAGGUGUCUUCCAUGGUCUAGAGAAUUUUAUAAUGGAAGCUAACUACAUGAGUUUAAUUGGUACAACUCCUGGGUGGGGAGGAAAAACUUUUAUUGUUCAAGGUUUUGGUAAUGUUGGUUUGCAUUCAAUGCGAUACUUACAUAGAGCUGGUGCAACUUGUAUUGGCGUUAUUGAACAUGACGGAGCUAUAUAUAAUCCAGAUGGAAUUGAUCCAAAAGCAUUAGAAGAUUGGAAAAUAGAUAAUGGUACAAUUAUGGGUUUCCCAAGUGCCCAGCCUUACACAGGUGAGAAUCUUAUGUACGAACCUUGUGAUAUACUUGUUCCUGCUGCCACCGAAAAAGUUAUUACAUCAGCAAAUGCACAUAAAAUUCAAGCUAAAAUUAUUGGUGAAGCAGCUAAUGGUCCAACUACACCUGCUGCAGACAAGAUAUUAAUCGACCGUAAUAUUUUAAUUGUACCAGACUUGUAUAUUAACGCUGGCGGUGUUACUGUGUCGUUCUUUGAAUGGUUGAAAAACUUAAACCAUGUCUCUUAUGGUCGUUUGACAUUUAAAUAUGAACGAGAAUCUAACUACCAUUUGUUGGAAUCUGUGCAAGAAUCAUUGGAACGUCGUUUUGGACGCGUGGGUGGAAGAAUACCAGUUACACCAUCUGAAUCUUUCCAGAAACGUAUAUCAGGUGCAUCUGAAAAAGAUAUUGUACAUUCUGGAUUAGAUUACACCAUGGAACGUUCAGCUAGAGCUAUCAUGAAAACUGCUGUAAAGUAUAAUUUAGGUCUUGAUCUUCGUACUGCUGCCUACAUUAAUUCUAUAGAGAAAAUAUUCACCACCUACAAAGAGGCUGGCCAAACAUUUUAAAUGUUUUAUUAUCGUAAUAGUUUAUAUAAUGUUUAAAUACAAAUAAUCAAUAGUCCAAUUCCAAAAUUUACCCUUUCUAAAUUUUUGUUGCAUCUAUAAAUUAUUAUAUUUCUGUAGCAACUAGUUAGAGAAGUUUCACUAAAAAUACCAUAAAUCAAUAAUCUCUUAUAAAUAAAAUACAAUUUUAUUAUACCAUUUUUUAUAACAGUGAUCAUAUAAUAAUUUGAUUAAAUUAAGUUAUUACAUUUUUUAGACUAAUGUCAAGAAAUAGUAAAACAUGAAUUUUGUUCUUUUUGUAGUUUUAUUUUAUAUUUGACCAAAUAGGUACUCUAAAAAACUAAUUGAAAUAUUUAAAAUUUUUAAUCAUUGGAGGAUUUGGUUAUUUUUGUUACAUGUUCUAAACAAUAUUUAAUGGAACUUGAUUUUUUUGUUUUGAUUUUAAUUCAUUUUUGAAAUUCCAAAAUGUUGAUAAUGUAUUGUGCUAUUUUUAAGGAUCCAGCUAAUCUAGUAUUGUACAGGUAUUAAAUAUUUUAUUUGUAUGAUAUUUUGGAUUUCUACCUUUAUUAUAUUAUAAUAACUGGACUAAACUCUUUUGAGUACAAAUGGCUAUUAAAGCAGAAAAUAUUUCAUUGAACGAUUAUAUUUCUAUUAUACUAUUUGUACUAAUAGUUAUAUGGAAAUAUAAUUGAAGCAUAAACGUCUGUACAUUUAACACAAAAUAUAUCAAUUAUAAGAUUAAUUUUUUUUUAUGUAACCAUCAUUUUUUUAAUUUAUUUAAAAUAAAAUAAUUUGUUAAAUUAUUAAACAAUGCCAACUACUAAAACAUGAUGUACAAUUAUAAA